CCAGAGCAUCAGCGGAGAUAGCAGGCUUUACUUCGCCCUCUCAGGCUAACUCGCUUUGGGCUUUGGUUCAGGAUGGAAACCUCUACGACUACUCGGAGCCGACGAUGCUCCAUCAUACGCAACUGCAAAAGCGGUCUCUCCCUCUGGCUGGUGGUGUGGCUGGUCCUCGGUAAGCCUAAUCCAGCUUCGGCGUGCCCGCACCUGUGUGUGUGCUACCCGACGCCGAUGACGGUGAGCUGCCAGGCUCAGAACUUCACCGCCGUCCCGGUUGGAGUGCCCUAUGAAUCGCAGCGCGUGUUCCUCCAGAACAACCGGAUCACGGAGCUCAGAGUUGGCUCUUUUGGCUUUGGAACUCAGGUUCUGUGGCUGUUCUCCAACAACAUCACGUGGAUCGAGGCAGGUGCCUUCAGUGAGCUGAGGGACUUGGAGGAGUUGGACCUUGGGGAUAACCCCAACCUCCACAGGUUGGAAGGGGGAGCCUUCCGUGGCCUGGAGAAGCUCCAGAGCCUCCACAUGCACCGCUGCCGACUCACUGCCCUGCCCCACGACAUCUUCCACAAGCUCUACAGCCUGCAGUUCCUCUACCUGCAGGAAAACCAACUCCACUUCCUGCAGGAUGACAUCUUCUCUGACCUCAUCAACCUGAGUCAGCUUUUCCUGCAUGGCAACCGUAUUCGCACCCUCUCAGAGAACGUGUUCCGUGGCCUGGUCAACCUUGACCGCCUCCUUCUCCAUGACAACCGCAUCAGACAGGUGAACCGCCGCGCCUUCCGCGACCUCGGCCGCCUCACCAUGCUCUUCCUCUUCAACAACUCCUUGGCUGAGCUGCCCAGCCAGACCCUGAGGGACACCCAGGGCAUCCAGUUCCUUCGCCUCAACGCCAACCCCUGGUCCUGCGGCUGUGAGUCCCGUGCCCUGUGGGAGUGGUUCCGUGAGGCCCGCGUCUCCUCCUCUGAAGUGAUUUGCGCCUCCCCUUCCACCCGCCGUGGCCAAGACCUGCGCUUCCUCCGGGAGAUGGACUACGCUCUCUGCCCCCUGCCCGACCCUGGCUCCAUUGCCGGCUCCACCACCACCACCUUCAGCACUAAGACCCGCUGGUGGUUCUCCAAGAACAAGCCCCAGUCAUCCACCAAGGGCAUCUUUGAGAAGCAGUCAGAAACAGUCAAGGCUGGUUUGUAUGGAAAGGGCCCCUCCACCUCCACCUCAGUAGUCAAGUACGAGCUGGGUGAGGAAGAGCUGGCGCUGCCCAAACUCGACCCAGAAGAGUACUGGGCAAACUAUGGAAAUGAGGAUUCAGGUAUUACCGUGCGCUGCUUUGAGCUCGAAUGCCCACCCGACUUCGACCUCCCUCCAUCUUCCUCCUCUCCCUCACCCUCCUCUCCCUCUCUCCUCUCACUCCUGGCCUGUUCCGUCCUCACCCUUUUCCUCAACCUCCACCUGUUAUUUGGCUGAAUCAGACUCUUAGAGCUAACCCCUUGCCUCCCGGCCUGUUUUAAAGGCUGUGAGGUUCCCUGUUAGAACUCAACACCCCCUUUGCCCGCUCUGCUGAGGUGCUUUAUCUAAACCAAUACUCAAGGCACAGCAAGGGAGAUAGGGGGACGGUUAG